CCUGCAUUUCUACCAGCCAAACCCAAACCUUUUCCUCCCCACUAGACGGUCUCGUCAUCUUCCUGCGGUUACAAGACUGAGGUUAUGUUCCUGCCACGGUUUGUGAACAUCGGCCGCCUCCCCUUUGCAGGUUUCUGGCAUGUUCAACAUGGGGAGAGCCCGGGAAGGAUCCAGCGCUAACUAAAGGGAUGCUGAUCCCACCAGGACUGCUAACGUCUCGGGGCAAACUGCCCAACAGGCGUGGCGCCAUGAUUACAACUUUGGAUGGGCUUUGGUUAUUCCAUAGCAUACUUUAUAUACCAAAGUGAGGAAACUGAAAGUUUCUUCAGCAUCUUUGACAUAACUCAGCAGACCUACAGUCCAUCAUGAACCCCAGACUUACCAGAGGCCAACAGAAGACAAUCUGCUCCCACCUUGGAAAAGUCAGACUGCAGCUGCUGUACAAAGCCAGCAUCCAUGGUUUCACCGGGGCAGCCUUUCACCAACAUUGUGACACCCGUAGUCCCACAGUCUCUGUGGGCUAUAAUGCCUCAGGCUAUAUUUUUGGAGGCCACACAAAACAACCAUUCAGUCAGUCUGGACAGUAUGUGGCUGAUGACCAGGCCUUUGUUUUUACAAUCAGAAGAGAUAAGCUCAUUAAAUAUCCAACCACAGGAACUAAUUAUGCCGUAAAAAUGGUUGGUAAUUCUGGACCAUAUUUUGGAGAAGCAUUGGUUCUUGUUAAUGGAAGCCAACCUGUGGUGCUCAGCAGUCCAGGCAAUUACUACAACUUCAGUGCUGCAGAAAUGCAUGGCAAUGACCUCAACCUGACUGAGUGUGAAGUUUACAAAGUCGAGGAGUUGACUGAAAUGGAGAGGCCGUGGAGAACUGUCAUCUGGAAGUCUGAGACAAGGACAGAGCUGAUGGAUAAGAUAAGGACCUACAAACCAUUAAUCCACUCUGUGGCCAGAGCUCGUGUGCUCCUCAUUGGACCAGUUGGAGCUGGAAAGUCGAGCUUCUUCAAUUCCAUCAACUCUGUAUUCAGAGGCCACAUUACUGGCCAGGCCAUGGAGGGAUGCUCCACCACCAGCCUCACCACACAGUUUCGCACCUACUCUUUGAAAGACGGGCGUGAAGGUAAACCUCUGCCAAUCAUCUUGUGUGAUACCAUGGGGCUAGAGGAAAGCAAAGGGGCAGGCCUUAAUGUAGAUGACACCAUUACCAUACUGAAAGGACAUCUGCCUGAUCGCUAUCAGUUCAACCCCUCUGCUCCUCUGGAUCUGGAUGCCCAUGGGUAUCGUGAGUCUCCAAGGCUCGAGGACAAGAUCCACUGUGUGGCUUAUGUCAUUGAUGCUUGCAAGGUCUCCAUCAUGCCCUCAAAGCUGGAGGAGAAGCUGGAUGCAAUCCGCAGAAAGAUCAACUCGCUUGGAGUUCCUCAGCUGGCGCUGCUCACCAAAGUAGACGAGGCCUGUCCUUUGGUGGAAGAGGAUGUUGCAAACGUUUACAAGAGUUUCUACAUUGAGGAAAAGAUGCAGGAGGCCAGCACUCGUCUCGGUCUGCCGUUGUCCUGCAUCAUCCCAGUAAAGAACUACAACCGGGAGUUAGAGUUGAAUCUCAACUGUGACAUCCUGCUGCUCAGCGCUGUCAACCAGAUGCUUCGCUUCUCUGAUAACUACUUUGAUGACGUCAGUGACCACUUCAGCAACAUGAAAACCAAGGAGUAGAAAUUUGGUGCUGCAGAUAAACCAACACUGGUGCCAGAGAUUAAAUCUGCUUUACAA